AUGAAGAAGACUACCUCAUCGGGUACGCGCCUCCGACGCAAGAUCCAGCAGCCUUUGAGAUACGAAGAUGAGGUUGAAGAUAUCAACUAUCGAAAGCCUUACCUGAAAAGAAACGGCACGAAGCCUGAGUAUCCCGAGUUGCUUGCUGCGCAGACCGUACCAUUCAAUCCCUGUCAUCGACCUGCUGCGUUCCCGUCACUGCCUUUGACUGGCGAUAUUCCGGCUGCCGAGGAGAGAACCGAAUACGAGGUCGACGCGAACGAGGUCGCUGAAGAAAUUGAGUCAGAUGUGGUGUCGCGCGAUACUAGUGAAGAAGUUCACGAGCCUGUUGACAAGGCCAAAGAGUCACACAACUCCAAGCAGCUCGGUCGCCGACAGUCUCCCUCUCGUCGACAUGGGAAGCUCAUCCAAUGGAGAGGCCUGGAGCUAGCUUAUCGCUAUCGCAUCUUCUGCACAAUAAGCCAUCUCCAAGGCGCUCACAAAGCUGGGCUGUGGCUCGGACUGCUGCCGGAAGAGUUCAAUACAAUGCUCGACGCUCACGACUGGCGCAAGCGGAACCCUCUUACCCUGCAACAGAUCCACGAUUCCCGCCCACGAGAGACUGACUGUUUCGAGCCAGAGUUCAUGGUAGAGCACCUCGACUACAUGGUACGGAUUAGCCAUUAUGAACUGGGGUCACCGCAACAGCUCGCAAAAGCGACUCAGUUCCUGAUACAGCGCAAUCUGCCAGUGGAGCUGCUGGGCACAUGGGUUGCUGAUCCGCUGGGUAGCGGACAAUUGGUUCAAGCCUCGUCCCUCGUUGCGCUGUACCCUAUGGUGCAUAUGAGUGUCGAGCAAGUACAGGUAAUGGAAGACAGGCGGUCGAAAGAACUUCCACCAAGGGGAGCAACUCUACCAGGCCUCGACGCCAGGAUCGCACGUAACCAGAAAGAUCGCAAGGCAGCUGGCACCAUCAGCAAGGCGAAGCCGCGGUCCAUCACAGAUCGACGGUCUCAUAAGAGAUCCUUGCCGCCACCGAUACCGGCGACUGAACAAGACAUGGGCUCGCCGCCUGUCUCGGUCCCGAAAAAGCCUCGAGCAAACACGGCUCGUUGUAUUAGUGCUCACACCACCGAUCCUGACGACACUGACUAUGCCGAAGAAGAAGAUCAAGCGAAUCGGGUAGCUACAUCAGUCGCACAAAAGCGAGCCACGGACAUCGCCCAGACGCAGAAGUUCCGCGAACAUCAGCUGAACACCCCAGCAUCGUCUCCGUCGUCAGGCGCCUCCACUGGUCAGCGAAGUGCCGGAUCUAUGAGUCUGCGCAAUCGAGGCGAAUUGAAGGAGACUGCUGCGAUGGCGGAUCUGAGAAGAGAUAUGCAGUUCUGGGGAUCGUCCCAUAAGCCUGGUCUGUCGACAGAUACCACAGGCCGCAAGCGAUCGGGCACUAGUACGUCUGUAUCCACCGAAGGCGAGAAGCCGAAGAAGGUCGUAGUGUUGAAGUACGAUAAGAGAGGCACCGCGUACGUUGAGUCGUCUAGCCCAAGUAGAGCAGUUGACUUGGAUAACGAGUAUCCUCGGAACACCACAGGACCCGAAUCAUUGGUGCAGCCAGUCUCGGCAGUACAGUCAAACACAUCGAGACCGGCCACUCCCUCAUUUUUAGCUGUUGAUUCAGAGGGAGUCGAGCUCACUUCGUCCCCUCCUCAACCAUCAGCAGCCUUCAAGAAGCAUACCCAGCAAUUCCAGCAUACACCUCAGCGGGCCUCUGAGUACUUCGAAGAUGGCAGUGAUCAUGGUGUGCAGGACGAAGAAGGGGACACGUUCUCCACUCCGCAGACGUCGGCUGCGACUCCUCUCGUCCGUCGGAAUACGAAGGACGCGGACGAACCUCAAGCUGAGCAAGAUCAAGAUGUCGCGCACCAGAAUAGUCCUCUUGCUGGGCGAAGACGGCCUCAUAUGGACACUCAAAUGGUGGAUGCGCCUCCGCUGGGCUCUGCAGAAGAUGAUGUCCUUCCAUCGAUCGAAGACCAUGUCGAGCAUGCUAUACCCCCUGAGCCGGACGCCGGUGAUGCUCUUCACGAGUUGCUUCGCAUUCUCGCUGUUGCCAAGUCCACUGCGCAGAACCCGGGUACCGUCGAGAGCGGUCGCCGCAGCCCUGAACGACCGACCUGUGUCUCUCCGAUCACCGUAGUUGAUGACGAUGAGGAAGAUCGUGGUGUGCCAGCACCCUCGACACCGCCAGAACGAGCAUUGUCAACGCCAGUCAACGAAUACGCCGCUAGACCAUCCUUAGUAGCUACACUGAAGGUUAAAGUCCCCGACGCAAUUCUGAACGCUGAGCCAGUACCAGCUUCGGCAUCGCGUACCGCACCAGUCAUGUUCACCAACCCAGGUGACGACGGGGACUCUUCUUACGGCGAAGACCGACCUGCAAAAAAGAAGCAGAAGAAGAAGGCGACUACACCGAAGACCAAGAAGAAGCAGGUCCCGCAGACUGUGAACGAGCUGCCCGAAGUGUCGCCCACGAAGAAGCCAAAGAAGUCGGCUGCAACCAAGAAGGCUACGAUGACUGCGCCCAAGAAGGCCACGACGGCUGCAUCUAAGAAGGCUGCGACGACUGCUACACCAGGGACGAGGAAGCGAGGCAGGCCGAGAAAGAGUGAGACACCGCAGGGUGUUCCGGAGAAUAUUGGCAUUGAUGCAGACGUACCAGCUAGCAACUCGACGACAGAAGCAAGUGCACGCAGUCAGGUUGGCGAGGCAAAUGUGGUAAAGCAGAUUGAGAUGCCGGAGCCAGACGCUGAUAUUGGGGGUGGCGUUACGGUCUUGCCGAGUGUCGAAGAACUUCCACAAAGUGAAAAAGCCCUUCCAGCUGAGGAGGUCUCUCGGGCAGAAAUUGCCUACGCCGAAGACGCUUCUCGCGUCGAGGGACACCUCCGAGCUGAUGAGACGCUGCCGACAAUCGGCGAUGACACAGCAGCAUUUCUUUUGGGUGAUUCAGAAUUGCUUCAGGUGAAUGAUGCCACGUACGCAGACACCAACGGCGCAGACCCCAUCAUUCCAGCCAGCGCAGCAAUACAGGAGGUAGAAGCGCCAGCGGGCUUGUCUGAAGCGUCCGAAAUCGCUGCAGCUGGCCCGAGCAGUUCUACCACGAGCGAAGGCAAUGGAAACUUCGUGCCUCUGCUACCGAGACGGAGCAAUCGGCUUCAAAAUCCAGUGCCCGACGCGACUACACCAGUCGCCGACUCACAAAAGCUUCCACGGCAACAGACUGUGAUCACAGGUCGCGACCGUUUCUCUAUUCCCACCGAAACGGUCAAUGACGAGGCCGUAGAUGACAUUGAAUCGGCACAAGAUGGAUCAACAGGGGCCGUUGGUCACAAGGAAGCUCGAGAUGAUAUCAAGCUGGCAAGCUACAUGGUCGGUGACGAUGACUUCGCUAACACCCAUACCGAUGGUACGGCUCCGAUGGAGAAUGGUUUUGCUGUAGACCUGGAAAGUCCACUGAAAGCCUCUCCAGACGAACCUCGGGACUCACGAACAGCAAUGCCUGUGGCGACGACCAAGAGUGUAGCGAAGAGAACCACCACCACGACGAGUCCCGCGAAGACUCGAGCACGAUCGAAGACUCCCGCUGCUAACACCAGAAGCGAAGCGAAUGCUUCGUCGAAGCCUGGAAAGCCGCUCCCUGCGAAGCGUUCUGCAACGUCAAAAGCAAAGGCUGCGGCGAUUGCGGCCAGGGGCAAGCCCGAAACCAAGACCAAGAAGAACGCUGUGGCCGAGAAGGGUUCGGUAGCUGUCAUGACGGCUGAAGAACUCCCUGCGAACGACAUCAACCAAGAAACGACACCAUCCAAGCUGCAAGAGAGAGCCGCGCGCCGUCCUCGUACGCGUUCUCAAUCGCAAGCCACCGAGCCACUGGAAGAUGUUGAGGUCGACGCUGGCGCUAUGCCCGUCAAAAAUCAUGUCCAUCAUCGUCCAUCAACUCGUUCUCAGACGCCGGUCGUCGAGCGAAAGGAUCCAGCAGAAGAGGAUCAAGCCGAUGAGGAUCCAGGUGACAAGGAUCAAAGCCAACAAGGACAACAGGACGAGAACGAGGUUGACCAAGUCGCAAAUGUGCCUACCACAAAGAGCAUUCACCGUCCACGAACUCGUUCUCAAACCUCAGCGGCAGAGCUGCAGGUCGAUAUCGGUGAUACCACUGAUGACGAAGAUGGAGCUAGGCAAGAGGCCGCCACGUCCUCUCAACAGGUCUCCGCUCAACCACGCUCGCCAACUCCAGCGCCAUCCGUAGGUGAUGCCCCCGACUCCCAAACAGACGCACAGUCCAUCCUGGCCUCGAAAACCACAACGACCCUGGUCCCACUCAACGACACCACAGCCGCCGCCUCCGCAAAGCGUGCCGUCUCCGAGCCCACGACCGUCGGUCACCGGCCCGUUACACGCUCCAUCACGCCACUUCGCGUUCAGGCGCUGAUCGAGGAGGACCAGAACGAAGCAAUUCUCAUCAGCAGCAGCGAGAGCUCAGACACGGAGUCUGAGGCCUCUGUUGGGCAGCCGAUUGCGACGGAGACGACGAAGCCGAGGAAGAAGUGGGAGCAUAAGGUGUAUGAGAAGACAAGGGAGAGUAAGCGGAUACGGGGGAAUGGGGCUUAG